AUGUUCGACCUACCCGCCGAUUUUGACAUCAAUCCCUCCUCCCUCUCCAUCGACGACAUCGGCGACAUCGACUGUGCCUUUGUUUCGCAGGGUGAUCUCGCUGCAUUUGAAUCUCAAGACGCCUACUACGUCUUGCCCUCUGGCCCCGAUCCACCUUCAAUCGACAUGCUGUACGAGCACUCCGACAACUUAAUCGCGCCGCCCACUCCCACUGUGCAACCCAAUCCGCCGCUUGAUAUCGACGCCAUGAUGAAGGAACUUCUCAUCGAUGAUACCACAUUUUGGUCGUUCCCGACACCAGACGAUCAGAGCUCUUAUCACGCAUCCACGCUCAACGAUACCGUCUUCGCGUAA